UACUGUCGAGAAUUUUUAAGGUUCCUUCGGCAGUGUGGUCAUUGCGAGAAAAGGAACGCAACAAGUGUCUAUAAGCACACAUUCCUGCUCAUUUGGUCAUCAUGGAAGGCAAAGUUGUAGAUUUGACGAUGUUUUAUAAUGGGGACAAAAAUAAGAAGGAGAGCCGGAAUGGCGAAGGCUUCUCGAGGAAAGAAAGCGUGGAGAGAAAUCUUCACACCAUGAUCAUCCUUUUCUCGCUCAAGGAAGAAGUCGGAGCCUUGGCGGAAGCUCUCAGAGUAUUCAAGGACAACAAAAUCAACCUUUAUCAUAUCGAGUCUCGAUCCUCCAAGAGGCUGGAUGAUAGCUAUGAAUUCAUGGUUGAAUGUGAUACACGGGCUGGAAAUAUCAACCAGGCCAUGGACCAAAUUCGGGAAAAAUCCAUCUACAUGACGAUUAUUUCGACGGAUCAUAAGGAUAAAGCAGAAGCGGUGCCAUGGUUUCCAGGUAAAAUUAAGGAUUUGGACAAGUUUGCAAACCAUAUAUUAUCUUACGGAUCUGAAUUGGAUGCUGACCAUCCCGGUUUCACAGAUCAAAAAUACAGAGAAAGAAGGAAAUAUUUCGCAGAUAUUGCUUUCAAUUACAAACACGGGCAGCCUAUACCUAAAAUCGAAUACACAGAAGAAGAGAUCAAAACAUGGGGAACAGUUUUCAAAGAGCUGACAAAACUCUACCCGACACAUGCUUGCAAGGAACACAAUCACAUCUUCCCUCUGAUGAUUGAGAACUGCGGUUACAGAGAAGACAAUAUACCACAAUUGGAAGAUGUUUCCAAUUUCCUUAAAGAUUGCACCGGCUUUACCCUCCGACCUGUAGCUGGACUUCUAAGUUCCAGGGACUUCUUGGCUGGCCUUGCUUUCAGGGUUUUCCAUUCGACUCAGUACAUUAGACAUCCUUCCAAACCCUUUUACACUCCAGAACCGGACAUCUGUCACGAACUGCUGGGACACGCUCCAUUGUUCGCAGAUCCAAGUUUCGCCAGAUUUUCACAAGAGAUUGGUCUGGCCUCUCUUGGUGCUCCAGAUGAAUACAUUGAGAAAUUAGCCACGUGUUACUGGUUUACCGUAGAGUUUGGCCUCUGCAAACAAAAUGGGAAAAUUAAAGCUUAUGGAGCCGGGCUACUUUCGUCAUUUGGAGAAUUGGAAUAUUGCUUAUCGGACAAACCGGAAGUCAGAGAAUUCGAUCCGCCAAAGACUGGAUGUCAGAAAUACCCCAUCACAGAGUAUCAGCCAGUUUACUACUUGGCAGAGAGUUUUGAAGACGCACAGAGGAAAGUGAGGGAGUUUGCUCUAUCGAUUCCACGUCCAUUUACUGUAAAAUACAACGCUUACACCCAAAGUGUGGAAAUACUGGACGCUAAACCUCAAGUUGAAGAACUUGCCAAGGACAUUCAUUCUGAAAUGGAGUUACUGAUGGAUGCACUUCGGAAGAUUUAAAGAAAAAGAAUAUUCGUCGAUGUCCUGUAUAUUAUCACUGUUUUAUUUAGUCAUCGCUGUAUGAGUUACCUUGUUUAACAUUUUAGAUAUAUAGACUCACUGAAUCUUACUUCAAAGAAUUGAUGAACUUUCAUGGACAGGCAAUUAUCAAAAUACAUUUAUUGAAUCAUUUCUUUAUUACUAAAUCGAAAUUGGAUAUCAUUUAAAUUCCUUUCAUACAGAAAAAAGAUACUUUGCUGAAAUAUCAGUACAGAAAAACUGAUUUAAAACAUUUUUUGUAUUUUAGUUCAAAUGUACCUGUUACACAUGUUGUUGAUAUCGAAUUCUAAUACGCAGAACGCCGCUUUACAAAUACAUUUUGAAUUUAUUUUCCCAAGAUAACAUUUGGCGACGUUCUAGGUACUAUAGUUGUACCACAUAUUGUUUUAUAUAUAGUUAAAUAAAUAUUUUUAAGAAAUACGAA